AUGAUUACAAUCAACGACCAACCUUCGUUCUCUCCGCCGAUCCACUCUAGGGGCAAGUUUGCGGUGGUGAGGAAGUGUGUGGAGAAGUGCACGGGCCGGGAGUACGCCGCCAAGUUCCUGAGGAAGAGGAGGAAGGGGCAGGACUGCCGGACAGAGAUCAUCCAUGAGAUAGGCGUUCUGGAGAUGGCCACCAGCAGCUCCAGGGUGGUCAACCUCCACCAGGUCUACGAGAUGCCAUCUGAGAUGGUGUUGGUCCUUGAGUUCGCGGCGGGGGGAGAGAUCUUUAAUCAGUGUGUGGCUGAGAAGGAUGAGGCCUUCACUGAGGAGGAGGUGCAGAAGCUGAUGAGACAGAUCCUGGAGGGAGUGUGCUUCCUGCACAGGAACAACGUGGUCCACCUGGACCUUAAGCCCCAGAAUAUUCUGCUGACCAGCAAUGCUCCCGUGGGGGAUAUCAAGAUCGUUGACUUUGGUCUGUCCAGGAUGGUCAGCAACCACCAGGAGCUCAGAGAGAUCAUGGGCACCCCAGAGUAUGUGGCUCCGGAAAUCCUGAACUACGAGCCAAUCAGCACGGCGACAGACAUGUGGAGUAUUGGCGUGCUGGCGUAUGUGAUGCUGACUGGCAUCUCUCCCUUCCUGGGGGAGGACAAGCAAGAGACCUUCCUCAACAUCUCCCAGAUCAACGUUGACUACACCGAUGUGGAGCUGCAGCACCUGGGCCAGACAGCGCUCCACUUCAUGCAGGCCCUGCUGGUCAAGAAGCCACAGGACCGCGCCACAGCAGAACAGUGUCUGCAGCACGCCUGGCUGCAGUCCAAAGACCCACCCACCCAGACACAGGAGGAAGAGGAGGAGGAGGUGAAGGUGACGGUCCCAGAGCAGGCCAGCAGUCCUGAUCGCCCCAGCCCAGCUAGCUCCAGUCCCUCCAGGGAGGAGGAGGAGGAGGAGGAGGAGGAUGAGGAGGAGGAGGAGGAGGAUGAAGGGCCGGUGACGGAGGAGCUGAUCGUCAUGGCGGCCUACGCUCUGGGCCAGUGUCGCCAGACGGAUACGGAGAGCAUGACCCCCGACCAGAAGGCCAUCUCCAAGCGCUUCAAGUUCGAAGAGCCCUUCAGCGCCCUGCAGGAAAUCCCCGGGGACUUCAUCUAUUGAGGCCCCGCCCCUUCCUGUUGACCCCACGCCUGACCCCCCCACCCCUCCCCC